CAAUGGGGCGAGAUAAGAACAUGGACAACGUCACGGGACAAUGUGCUGUGUAAACACCCAGGACACUUGCAGCACGGCGGUCAUACAAAAGGAAAGCGACGGGUGUUUAGAGUUGGCCGCCAGUUGGGUUGUCUCGUCGAGUCUCAGCAGCCAGAUAUCCGACCUUCAGCAUUUUGGUUCACCUCAUCCCCCUUAUGAUCGCCCAAGAUGAUUAUGGACGUGAACUUCUCCGAGCUACAGCGCGCAUGGCAAACUGUCCUGCGGGCAAAGCCCUACUACGCCUCCGCGCUGCCACUCCUAACCUUACUCGCCGCGAUCGCAACCGCCGUCCUCCUCCGCUUGUCCCGCCGUCACCCACAGCCAUCACCAGUACCACCAAAAACCACCACCCUCCACAAAGCAGCAGCAGCAGACAAAAAGACCACCAACCCCCCUCGUGAAUGGGGUAAAUGGACCCCAUCAAAUUUCAUCUUCCCAACACCCGAACCAUACCCCUCCUGGUCCCUGACCGAUACCAAACCCUUACCCUACCGCCCCUUCCGCUACGGGCCCAAGUACCACGUGACCAUGGGCCUGCGCAGCGUGCCGCUGGCGGAAUGGAUCGAGCUGGACAACGAGUUCCCGCGGUACCAUGCCACCAAGGCCCGGCGGAUUCAGGAAAGGGGCGCAAAGUGCUGUCGGACUGCGCCUGAAGCGUUGCCGGCGGCGUGGGAAUUGUUAAGUGAGUUGGGGAGGUAUUUGCCGGGGAGGUAUCCGGGGUUGUAUAGGCGGAGGGUGGCCACGGUGAAGGGGGGGGAUGGGGGCAAGGAGGUGGUGGUGCUGGAGAAUCUUUGGUCUGGGGAAAAGUUUCAGGUCGAGCCGCCGCCCGCUGGUGGUGAUGGGGAUGAGGGGGAAUGGGAAGACCCGAUGCAAACCUGCGCACGGCUGGUGCAGGACGAUUUGGUUAUUAUGACGGAGCGCGAGGACGGGCAGUACUACCUGACGGCCGGGGCGGUGCUGCUGCCGGGGUUCUGGCGGCUUGAAGAUAAGUUUGGCAUGCCGCUUAGCGAGAUCCAUACGUCGGGGGAUGUGCCCCAGUUUCGGGAGAAGUUGGAACGAGGGAUGGUCAACCUGUUCCGGCGGCUCAAGCCUGAGGAGAUGGUCGGGAGGAAUAAUUAUUUCUUUCAGGUGGAUGAUGAUCUGGCGUGGUCUUGGAGUAUUGGGAGUGAGGAUCGCGAGGAAGGGGACGGGAAACCGGCCAGCCAGCAUAGCAGUUGGGGCACGGCGGAGAAGAAUCGGGCGAUUGAGCAUCAUUAUUUUCGGUCGGAGAGGCAGACGCUGCGUCGGCUGCCCAAGACAGGGGGUGUGGUGUUUACGAUACGCACGUACUUUCACCCGGUUACCGAGAUUGCGGAGGAGGAUUAUGUCCCUGGGAGACUGGCGAGCGCGGUCCGGAGUUGGGGGGAUGAUGUGAGCCGGUACAAGGGCAGAGAGCGUUACGGUGAUGUGCUGCUGGAGUAUCUGGACCGGAAACACGAGGAACAGGUGAGACGGGGGCUGGAUCUGAGCCGUGAGGAUGAGGUUCGGGCGUAUCCGUAUUGAGCUGGGGUUGGAUGAGACAUAUGGAGGUAGUUCGCCGUCGCCGAGGAGGCAACAAGCAAGUAAGGUAAGGUGACUUACCAGAUAUUGGGCUAGCGGUCGUUGAUCCUACAACGGUAGAGGCAUCGGUAGAGUACAUACACGAAUGAAU